GCUCUGUUCGUUCGAACUUUGCAGUCUUUGUGCGCGGCUGGUGCGGUGGCCGGGCGUGCGCGGCAUAAUCCGACAACGUUUCGCGCCCACAGAGCGUCCGUCCUCGGCGAGGCGAUCGACGUUUAGUUCGGCGGCGCCUCCGAAUGCGUGUUGCCGGGUGGCUGUGGUGUUACGACGAUGUGGUCCAACGAGUUCAACUGCAAGAAGUGCAAAUUCAAAACGCGCAGCCUUGGAAGCAGGAGCCAUCCGGGAGACAUGGCUACCCAGCUGGAACGCCUACAGCAGGUGCACCCGGUGUCGGUGCGAGACAUUAAAGAGAAGCUGCAGGCCCUCCGCAAGCACACCAGUGCGGGUGCACUCAGCACGUCACAUGCUAGGCGAGCGCCUGUAUGUGUGAAGCAUGUCAACGACAACACGACCGCUGAUGGACAAGAGGCUGAAAGCCGGAGCAUCUCCCACACUGAGGGCACGGGGGCCUCUUUUGCCACCAAGAGGCCCAGCCGCAAGCCCUCUCCGCCCCCAACCCCUGUUCGGCCACCCGAAGCUCCGGAUCCUCCCCGUGCGGGUGAGGAACCCGAGAUGACGACACGAACGACGACCCAGCGACAUCGAUCGACCACACCCAUUACCCGCCGCUCUUGUGGUACUUCGCCACCACCCCGACGACGCAGCCCUUCACCCAGUCAACACACCUCACUAGCACUGGAUUGCCCCCCUGAGCUAGCCGAGGCAAUCCGUAGACGGGUUCUGCAGGUGCGCCGCGGAGUGCGGUUGUACUUGCUCUACCAACCAGGACCACGCUCUUUCCUCAUAGCUGCCGACCAGCCUGACCAUCGAUUCAAGGUGGUUCUGGGGCCGCAGACCUGCAGCUGUGGCAAGGGCCCCCACUGUGUGCACCUGCUGUUUGUAAUGCUCAGGGUUUUACGUUUGACCGACACGGAUGCUCGUCUGUUCAGCAAGACACUCAAGGAAUUCGAGGUGGAUGAGCUCCUACGUGGAUUCUCUAUAUCACGACGUAGGACCUCCCAGCAGUCCGAAGGCCCACUGACCGAUGACAAGUCACCAGACUGCCCUGCCAAAAAUCUAGAAGAUGCUGUUGACAGCACAUCUAAAAACAGCGAAGGUGACGACGCCAGUACCUGCCCCAUCUGUCUGCUGGAGAUGUUUGAAGGAGAGUCAGUAAUCACCUGCGACAAAGGCUGUGGAAAUCAACUGCACCAUCACUGCGCCUCGAUAUGGGUCCUGCAAUGUAGUCGCAACGGAGAGCCUGUUGUCUGCCCUCUUUGUCGGUGCCACUGGAAAGAUGACCGAUCUUCAUCGCCGCCCUUAACAAAGAAGCCAAUACAGCCAGAAGAUGAUGAUGAGAUCCUUUUACCACCAUGCCCACUGCACUGUCUGCUACGUCGUGCAUCGGAUGUAAGCCCUCUGCCGAGGCCUGUAGGAACACCGUCCAGCUCAGCUGUGAAUAAUGCACCGCCAAUGGCUAUGCAGUUCUUCGGCACAGAAGUUGCCCAAUGCCUCAUGUCAAGUGUAUGGUCCGAGCGAGAAGCUGCGGUAGUUGAGGUUGAGGCACAGGUGACCCAUGCUCUGCGACUGGCCACAUCGAAACCCAUGUGCCUGGAGCCAUGGGGAGGCAUAGAAGCUGUACAGGCCGCUUGCUGUCGCGUGAUUUCGCAUGCCAUUGCGGACCCUGUCUACAGAGUGUAUGUCACUGCUCUGCGCUGUUUCAAGUCCAUGCUGGUGCACAGUCCAUGCGCCAUCUUGGAAGACCUGCGUAGCCUGCAGAACCGGGUGCGCAACAUAGUGAGAGCGGUGCUCAUCAAGUGUGCUCAUGGCGGAAACAAGAGAAGCCGUCAGCUGAGCCUGGCAACCCUCGCAGAAUUAGCACGUGGGCAGGCAGGAGCGUUGUCUGUUGGAAGCCUCACACAAUACCCAGCUCCAAAUGGCCUGGGUGCCGACUUCCUUCUGGACGUGGUGCUGUCUGAAGGCAAGCAAAGCCCUUCGUGGCAGGGUCUCCUCAGCCAGCUGCUGGUGCUGGGGCGGUUGGUCGAGGAGUUUCCACACUUGCUCGCCUCACCCAUGGCCAACACAGGCACUAUCAACGCCGAGUCACUGGUCGCCAUCGACCUGGCUGUCCGCGCAGUGGGGCACAGUCACGUGACUGUGAUUCGCCAGGGACGUCACCUGCUAGCCGGCCUGGCUCGCCUGUGCGGCCGCUGCCCCACGUCGGUGGCCCGCAUCUGGAACGGUGUGUCAGCUCUACAGGGACCACAGCGUGCCCAAGUGGUGCGACUCGUGGGUGCAGCGUUGCAGGAGGCUCGCAGAAGCCGUCUUUUCUUGUGUGCAACACGCUCUCCGUCCGUUGAGAGGCAGCAGGAGGAGCACCUUGUCCGUGAGCAGCUGCUUCACACCAAGAAGAACUGGGCGAGCAAGGAUGAUGAGGAAGAAGAAAGCUGUAAUGGCCAGAGACCAGCUACGCUGGCCAACAGCCCAUCGCGUUCCGCCGCCACCUUCCAACUGCCACCUCCUACCAUCGACCCGGCCUUGUUUGGCCAACUGGUCCAAGGAGAUGCUUCCGCACCCACUAGCGAGACCAAAGCGACUGACAAAUCCCUGCCAGAAGAUAAAGGCAAUGUACCAACGCCAGAGAAGCUUGCCGACAGCCAACACUCAUCGGGUCGGUCGUCCUGGUCUUCAGAGACAUCGUCCUCCGAGAAAAAGGUCAUCGUCAUGACAGAGAAGCUGACGGGACCUGCGGUACCACCUCAACGAGCCCCGCGGAGCAGGCCCAACUUUCUACCGCUCCGGCGGCUGGCGUGUUCGCUGACGUCCCUAGGCCAGGGCCACCAGUCCUCGGCACAGACAACACCGGGAAGCGCAGUUACCUCGCCGGUGUCUUUCAGUCGAGAAAUUGCAGCGCUGCCAGUAGCCAGAGCCUCAUCUAAGAAGGGGGAGGUCAUUAACCAAGGACCCCCCAUGGUAUCAACAAGGGGCUGCGAUGGCAAGACAGUGCACCUUGAAGAAUCAGCUUCUGAAGACGAUGCCCAAGACAAUGAAUUCAUCAUCUUCAAGUCUGUGCCGGGACUUCCCAUCUCGUUUGGGGUGAGCAAAGAGGGAGCGAAAGGCUCCAGCUACGUGGAGGGCCAACACUGGCUGCGAGGCCCCAUGCUGGGUGCUGGGGCAUUCAGCUCUUGCUACCAGGCGAUGGACCGCAGCACAGGCACGCUGAUGGCCGUCAAGCAGCUGCCCUUCUGCCGGUCAUGCCAGCGGGAUGACAAGGAGACAGCCGAGAUCAUGGGCAGCAUAUGGAACGAAAUCCAGAUGAUGGCACGGCUCGAACACCCCCACGUACUACCCUUGCUCGGUGCCACCAAGCACAAGGAUCAGUACAACGUCUUCCUUGAGUGGAUGGCAGGUGGUUCGGUGGCCUCCUUGCUGGAGCGGUAUGGACCAUUUCCAGAAGUCACGAUCCUGCGCUACACGUACCAGGCACUCAGCGGCCUGGCUUACCUGCAUGAGAACCACAUUUUGCACAGGGAUCUUAAAGGUGCCAAUCUGCUUGUAGACAGCACAGGACAGCGCCUGAAAAUUGCCGACUUUGGCUCGGCCAGCCGCCUCCAGAGCAAGGCCACCCUGGCUGGGGAGUUUCAGGGUCAGCUGCUCGGCACGAUUGCCUUCAUGGCUCCAGAGGUGCUACGAGGGGAGAACUAUGGCCGCUCAUGUGACAUCUGGAGUGUGGGCUGUGUUCUCAUUGAAAUGGCCACCAAUGCGCACCCUUGGGACAACUGCAACACACUGAAUCACCUGGCACUCAUUUACCGGAUAUCGUGUGCCCAGUCUCCACCGCCAGUUCCCAAGAUGCUCAGCCUUAGGACACAGCACUUGGCUCUGCAGUGCCUCCGUCUUCGAUCCGAAGACCGACCACCAGCCGCUGAUCUUCUGUCCCACCCUGCAUUCAAGGAGACCAACCUACACUCGGACUAGGAGCUGUGAAGGAGCUCUGUGACCAACAUCAUCAACAAGGUCGUAACAAUGGCCAUUGGUAGUUGAAUGUUGAACACACUUUACCACUUCCUAACCGCUGUGACAGGCCCUUUCCCCCCCCCCCCCAAGUGACUGUUUGUCUUUGGUCAUCUGCAAAGCUGUGCCACACAUUAUCUUCACACUUUUGCAAGUUGUGCUUGCACCCUGCUUUUUCUUCUCUGCUAUCAAGUAGUGCUACUUGACUUUGUCACCAUGGCUGCUGUCACUGCAGGUUUUGUAACGGUAGGGCAUGCAGAGAUUCUGCAUAGCGUCAUGGUUGUCUGAGGAAACUCAGCCCUUCCGUGGUCACAUAUAGCAUUCUGUGUCCAUGUGUUGCCUAUUGUGCUUGUUUCUGCAGUCCAGUCACUUGGGGUUGCCUGUCGUGGUUGGCAUUUGGUCGUGUCAAUCUUUGUGGCAAUCUUUUUUGUUGAGGGUGAGAUGGAUACGUGUGGAAGUCUAGAUUCCAAACGUGUUGCAAACCUACACCAAGGUUGCACAGGAAGCGAGAUCUUUACUCUUGGUAGAUCACUUUCUGUUUGUCACUUGGCAAAUGAUUAUUGCCUGCACCAGUAAUGACAAAUGCGCUGGCAGAAAGUUACAUUGGGCCCGUAUUUUCUGGUACCAAACCAGUUCUUUGCAUUCACAUAACUGUUAAACAGAUACAGGUCAAUGCACAAGGGCAUUUUGUCUUGGCAAACGCUAAGGCAUCAGCAAAAGUGAUCAAUCAAGAAUAAUGCAUACAACCUAUUCCUGUUGCAAGCACAGUGCAUACUUGCUUAGCAUUUUUUUUAUUCAGUGUGCUAGAGUGCAUCUCAACAAAACAUGUAUGCUCGUCUAUCUUAAUUUUUUUCUCUACCUCAGUGUGACACACUAGUUUACUUUUUUUUUCCUUUCUUUGUCAGCCUAUUUGUUCUUUGUUUCAUACACUGUUCAAAGCUUGGCAGGACUGACAGCUGCAGUGAUACAAUAUCAAAUUGGUCUUGCCUGAAUGCAAUGCACUGUUGUGCAUUAUUCUUUAGAUAAAAACUGGCUGAAAAAGAAGUAAGGUUUCUCAAGGUGGCAUACAUAUUAAUCAUCAUUCUGUGUAACCACGAAGGAGUUUCUGGCUUUGAAGAUGAUGGCUAACCAAUGCCAGAAAACAGAGAGAAAAAAAAGCAAUUAUGUUUGCACCUUGAAAAAAAAAAAAACAAGCACCUUUCAGUCCUGCUCUGUGACCUAUGUGUUUUAAUAUCGAAGUGUGUGCCAAAAAAAAGUAUAUAUAUGCUAAAGAAAAGAAAAAAAGAAAAAAAAGGAGAAGUGUACUUAAUGUGACUUGUCAUGCAUCCUAAUUUUUUUGUGUGUUCAAUUUUUCUGUUGGUGCUGCCAUCGCCUACGCUGUGGCUCCUUAGCAUGGCACCACAACAGUCUCUUCUUUUUUUUUUAAGUUGUUUUUCACUGCUGGAAACAGUGUUUUGUAUCCUUUGGGUUUGACAUGUCUUGUGAACGGAGCAGUGCGGUUUACUUGCACGGAUGGCGGCACUUGGCUGCCUUUCGAAGUGGGUCACUCACUUGUGACACUUGGCAAACCCAAAAGCUUGUUUUUCUGUAUUGGUUGGAAGCUGUACAUUUUUCUCGGUUUGUCUUGGUUUGUAUACACCUCAGCACAGCCUCUUUGCUGCCGUAACAAAUGUGACACAGAAAGUCGCAAGUUACAUAAAUUGGAAAAAAUCUGGAACAGUACUUAGUUUUGCAUCAAAAUGAGUGCACAUUUAUCCUGAAUGUAAUGCGCACUGGGUAAAAAAGUUAAAUGUUGAUCCAGCUAAUUCAUUAGCUCACUCAUUUGCCCAAUUUGUAUAUUUUUUAAACACAUUUAUUAUAUUUGAAUACAGCGAGUUUUUUUUUAAGGAAUAUGAACUACUCAUUGGUAGAGCUGUCUUUCAAAGAAAUACAACAUCGAUGGUAACACCGUGAAUCCUUUCAAUGACAGAAGCACAUCAUCUAAACAUGUUGGGCAUUUUAAUGGGUACUAUUUGUGCCGACUGGCAGUACAGUAGUCUGUGCUGGGUUGUUAAACGAAUACAACUGUCUUGGGCACAGGGGCAUAUCUGUUGUCUGAUUUCAUUUGUUAUUGUUCUCCUUUUAUCUGUGCAAUUAGCAUUAUGACUGCGAUUAUGAUGCAGUUUUUAUAGUGGUGCACCCACAGCAAUUGGACACAGCUUUUACACUUUGCUAGAGGCACAGUUGUACUUGGUGCCAACAGUAUGGAUUUUGGCAUGGCGUGCAUUUGACCUUUUUUUUUCCCCCCGACAUUUUUUUGGCUGUCACGUCACAAUUUGUGUGACAACGCAUUUGUUACACCGCAACUUGUGUGAUGUGACGCUUGCGUGCAGUGGCACCUUUUCUUAUGUUUCUGCUUUACCUUGUUGAUUAAUCUUAGUCACCCACUUCAAGAGCGCAUUGCCUCAUGUCAAAGCAAACCUUUGCAAAAUAGGUUUUCAUCAGAAAGCUUUCUGUUGGUAAAUAUUGUAAAACUGUGCUGGUCACUUUUGUCACUUAAAAGUGACGUUGUUGCAAUGCACUGCAUGUCUAUUUAUAGCUUAGAAAGCAUAGAUACCUGAAACAAAAAAAAAAAAUUGUGGGCGAUACAUGUAAAAAAAAAAGUAACAGGAUGUUGCACAGGUGUUCCUUGUUCAGGAAGUAGAACUUUUUUUUUUACUUCAUUCUUGCUGGUUGUGCGCGAAUUUUCUGAAACAUUGUCACCAUAUUUUGCGGCAUCACCAGUUCUCACUUUCACCUCAUACACUUUUUUUCUUGUCAUGAAAGAUACCAGCGAUGUUUCAUUGUGGGCUAAGCUAACCAAUUUGUGUGUAGUGAGUCAUUCAUCAUAUUUAUUUAUUUUGCUCAUGAGUGGUCCUUAGAGGAGAGAAAAUUUUCAUCGCUUGCAGAAAGUCAUUUUCAUAGGCACUCCGUUAUAGAACAUUGCUCAUCUUUUAUGAGGGUUAACCCCCACUCAAAACAUCAUUAACACUACAGAGUGUGUUCGCAGCUUAUUACCGACACAAAUUGUAGAAAUGACAGUGCAGUGGCAGUGGCUCGUGCCUAGCGUGCGCACCUUUAUAUUCUGUUAACCGUGUGGAAACCUGAUCUGCUUUCUCAACAGAUCACUUUUAGAAAGGAACAGGAAUGUUUUUUUCAUGCAGAGCAGUUAAAUGCGGUAUGUGAAUGGGUUGCAAGAACUUUGCACGACAUUGAAAGAUCCUUGCCCCUACAAUUAAGCACAAUGUUCUGUUGUGUUCUAUCAUUUGAAGAAAGAGCUUGACCCAUGAGGUCAACCGAGCUUGUGGUCCCUCGUUCUCUGAGCACUCUCCUUGCGGUGGGGUGACACCGGUGAAUCACCAAUGAAUAAUUAAUACAAUUGUUGCCUGAAAAAUUUUUCAUUGUGCUGUAGAAGCCUUUCAUGUGGCUCUUGGCUGAGCCAAAGGGACCAUUUUUUUUUUUUACUUGGGACCAGUAGAUAAAGGAUAUUCUUCGAAGUGACUCUACAAUGCAGCACUUGCAUAUUGUUUUGUUCAUCUCUGGCCCACUGAAAUCACCCAGCGCUUUUGUUUCAAGCUCAUAGUUAUUUAAACAAACAACUUUUGGGUAAUCAGGUGUUUUGUCUCUUUUUCCACUCUAUUUGUGUCUUUAUUUAAUAAGAUUUAUCCAAAUUGGGUGGUUCUCAUGGCACAAGGCACUAUUCAUCAUUAAAUGUUUUCUAGACAUGUUAAGUUUAUGAUUUUUAUCUUUUGCCUCAUUGAACUCAUUGUUAGGUACAGUUUUGUAUCGCAUAGUGGUCGUAAAAAGUCUGAAUAUCGCCACGUGACAACCUUUUUUACGGUGCCAUCUUGGAAAGCACCAGCACUGGUGUAUUAAACACACGCACAGUUUAUGAUGCUCCAGUCUCGUAUUUUACAAGGACAUGUAUGUGAGUGAAGGGGUAAAAUAAUGAAUAGUGUGUACUAUAAAGUGCUUCGAGAAAAAUUAUGCCUGCAGAGCCCAAUAUCUUUGCUAAGCUUUUAACUUGGCGUUAUUUUCGGAAAAAGAAGCACUUAGAAAAGUGGACAUGUGAUCCACGAGCUACACAACAUUUAAGGCGCAGCACAUGACUGCAAGGCAUAUUUUUCACUUUUUCCUGCUUUUAUAAAGGCCUGCCACAGUGGAUCCAGUGGUUAGGGUGCUAGAUUGCAGACUCAUAGGUAUAGCAUCAAACCUCGGCAGCAGUCACAUUUUCGAUGCUGGUGAAAUUCUUGAGGCUUGUGUACCUAGAUUUCGAUGCACAAACUACAAUUUGUUGAAUUUUCUAGAUCUCUCCACUACGGCAUCUUCAUAAUUGUAUCAUGAUUCUGGAACAUUUAACCCACACAAUCAUUAAUUUUAUGGAGCUCUCAGCAGUGCAUUAUGCACAUGUCCGAAGAACACAAGCGAUCUCGAAUUGUUUGUUUUAAUUGAAUUGCUUUUGCCCAGUAAUGCAAUACUGUGUCUAUGUAUUUAUAUAUGCAGGCAGGCAGGCAGAAAUAGAUGUUAAAGACAGCAGAUGAUACAGAUUUGAAGCCUAUAACAAAUAAUGUUGCAAUUUUUUAUCCUCACUCACAACAUGUCUGCAUGUGAUACACAACAUUUCUACAAGCGGGUUGGUCCUUUUUUUUUCUUGGUAUGACUGCAAUUUGUGUAUGUCGGUCUGGGAAAGAAAUAAUUUUGAAAAAAAAAAUGCAUUUAUUUUAUUGUGGGUGCCACUGGUAUGCUGUGGCUAACUUGUGGAAACAGGUGAAUUUAUUUCAAGCAGUGGUUUAUUCUUAUUUUUUUUAAUCUCCUAGCACCCCCCAAGAGAUUAGUACCUGAAAAUCAUUGACAGUGCCUUAUGUCCUUUGUCUGCCAUGAAGAGUGAUCGUGAAGCAGUAUUUUUGUAUAACUCAAUUGCAUUUGAUGAACCUUUAUGCCCCUUUUUUAUGUAAUUCAUGCACAUAUUGUAGCUUUUAUACAAGAGUUGCAUACUUUACACUGCUCUCACUAUAAUGAGGGGCCAUAACGUGUUUGAUACGUGUGUGCCAAUUAAAAAUAUUUGAAAGCAUUUCAA